AUGGAUGAAGAUUUAACAGCCUCGCACUGGGGAGACGUGCUAACAACCACGGAAAACAACUUUGGUAGCUCCAAUUUGGGUCUGAUUUUCGACUCGCUCAAUUUGGAAGACCCCCACCGAGAGCCCUCUCAGGACGAGGAAGCAAACAACGCCAGACUUGACACUCAAAGCGAGGAACCUGGUUCACCCUUCCAAGCCUCCACAACCCUAAAUGAAUCCGAAUUGGACGAACUAAACGCCAUGAGAAAGCAAGAACGCGAUACGCACAAGUCGUCCUUAUUGAUGCAACUUACGGAAGGCGCUGAGGAUUCAAUAGGCGGUGAUAGUGCACUCCCACCUGUGACGCUCUCUGUCUCACAAUCUCUUUUCGAGGACAAGGGUUCACCCAUCAAGAUACAGCCUUUAGGUAGUUCCGUGUCAGAAUCUAAUGCUAAACCAACCUUGGCGGGCUCGGUCGUUUCACCUUCCAAAGCGACUCAGUUUAAAAAUGGUCAGUUUAGGGCUCCUCGAGGUAGAAAAGUUGCGGCAAAGACUAUAGUCAAACAUCUUGGGGACGGUCAAUGUGGCGACUUAGACCCAUUGAGUUUGGCUAAUACGCCCCAAAAUACAGAAUCUGAGCCCAGUGCGUCUCUGGUGGAUAAGACAACGAAGCUUUUUCAAGCUAUGGAUCGCCCUUUAUAUGAUUUACCAAAGUUAAAACCCAAAGAUGAAGUGCCAACAACUCCUGCUACUACGUCUACUCAACCCGAAUUCAUGGACAAUGCUGUCAAUUCUGAGCCCUCUUCCAAUGAUUUGGAAAUCUCUCUAGGCGACCCCGUAAAAGUGGGAGAUAUUACCACAGCGCAUAUUGUCUAUGGUAUCAAAACCCAAAACAAGAAUCCGGGAUCAAAGUCUUUUCCUGAAACGAGUGAGCCGAUUAUUGUUUCUAGACGGUACAAAGAUUUUAGGUGGGUGUAUCAUCAACUCCAGAACAACCACCCAGGAAAAAUUAUUCCCCCACCUCCAUCCAAGCAGACUUACAUCGGGCGGUUCAAUGAGAAUUUCAUCGAGAAUCGAAGGAUGUCAUUAGAAAAAAUGCUCAACAAAAUCAGUAAGACGCCUUCGCUUGUGAAUGAUAGCGAUUUUGUACUUUUUUUGACAAGUUCGAACUUUGUGAAUGAUGCCAAGGAAAGGGAUCAAGCGAGUGGAUCUGGUGCGUCCCUCCAGGCAAGCAACGGUGACGACGAAAGCGAUAAGUCAAGUACUUCAAUUGUAUCAGGAACUGGGGCCGGAGGCUUCAUGAGCUCGUUGUUCUCCAUGACCGUGAAACACCCGGAACCUGACGAUUUCUUCUCCAAGAAAAAGGGAUACAUUGAGGAUCUUGAACAUAAUCUAAAAACUUUCUACAAGUCAUUGGAAUUGAUUGCCACUCAAAGAAUUGAAAUUACAUCUGUCGUUGAGGAAAUCGCGGACAUUGUUGAGGAAUUGGCCGCUAUUGAGAUCCUGAAGACCACCACGGAUCUCUUGUCGGCAUUUGCGGAGGUACACACAAAGCUUAAGGAGAAUCUCGACCGAGUCAAUUUGCAGGAUCAAUUGACCUUGGGAUUCACGAUUGAAGAGUACCUUCGUAUCAUUGGCUCGGUGAAGUAUACAUUCGAAACGAGAUCAAAGAUAUAUCAGCUCUACCAAUCGUUUAAACAGGACUUGAUGAAGAAAGAGGAAUCUUUAAACAGGCUUAACUCGCGAUACAAAUCAUCUGUGGACAAGAUCAAUCAAGUGAGCUUCGAAGUCGACAAAUUAAAACAGAAAGUUUCGCAUUACGAGGACAGCUUCCAAACAAUAAGUGACACAAUAAAGGCGGAGCUCGAUAACUUCGAAAUGGAAAAGAUCAAGGAUUUUCGCAAUAGUGUGGAAAUCUUUAUUGAAAGCUCUAUUGAGUCGCAGAAAGAAGCCAUCGAGCUUUGGGAGACCUUUUACGAAAGACAGCACCUCACAUCGGUCUAG